GGUCAGAUCUUCCGCACCAGCCAUCAUGUAAUGUUCAUCCCGGAGAAACCAGCUGCUGCUGCUGACGAGAUUUACAGCUUUUUAAUGACAACAUGUCGCACAUAGAGACGAUUUUAUUCGCCGGCCGAUGAUGACGGAGAGACGUUUAUUAUUCCACAUUUAAAGGAGAGAAAAAAACACAUUUUAUAUUUCGAAGGAUUUCUGGAUCGUGCCACCAGUGUUUCCAUCAGCAUGUCCUCUCGGGAUGGUGGAGCAUCUUGUUGGCUUACUGGGAUGAACUGGUUUGAUUGAACAGCCGCCGGUGCGACCUGACGGACGGAUGCUGCGAGUUAAUCUGUGUCCUCCUCGGUGGAAAUAAAAGGAGACGGGGUAAAGUCCUGCUCUGUGGACUGUGGACUCAAAGAGCUGCUGAGCAUCUGAUGGAGGACUGCUCACUCUGCCAGCCUGAACGUUUCUGUGGAUCUCUGCUCUCCUCCUGUGGACACUGAGGCGUUACUGAACAGAGUUGUGUAGAUCAGCUGCAGCCAUGACUCCUCCAGCGUCCGCUCGACCCUCGUGGACGCUCAAGCUGCUGCUCGCCGCCGCCGCUGUGCUGACGCUGACGGCAGCCCCUCCUGUGUCAGCUGUGGAACAAGAGACGUGUUUCUCCAGACAACACCAGAGCGCUAUUGUUAAUGUCAGACUGGCUUUAACCAGACCGGGGACGGCAAUGGACGCUCGGGUGGUCCGGUCGGAGCGGGACUGUGUCCUGGCCUGCUGCUCGGAGGGAGUCAAGCCAGGUGCCAAGUGCAACAUGGCUGUGUUCAACGCCAACAAACCAGCCGGCGAUAACAACUGCUUCCUGUUCCACUGUCAGACGGAGCAGGACUGUCCUCUAAUGAAGGCUCAGGAAGGUAUCAACACUUACGACAUCUACAAAGGCUUGAUUCAUCCAACCACGAUAAGACCUGUCACCACGACGGCCGCCACCACCACCACCACCACCACCACCACCACCACACCGGCACCUCCUACACCUAAAGCCACACAGCCCACCACCACUACAACCACAACAACCACACAGAGUACAACAACACCGCCACCCACCACACAGCUCACCACCACCACAACCACCACAACCACCACCUCACCACCAACCACAACAUCAACCACCACGACCACCACACAAGGCGCCGUCCAGUCCGACCACGCCCUCCAGAACCCGAGCACCGCCCGGGGUAAAGCGGUGGCGGCGCGCGGGGCGGUGAAGAGCGGCGUGGUGGCGUUCAUGGUUUUGGGGCUCGUUGUGCUCACCCUAGCUCUGGCCGUCGGUGGCCGCAAGGCGAUGGAGUCCUUCGACAGACGCCAUUACACGAGACUGGAGCUCAAUGACCUGCACUAUGAGGUGUGA